AGUGGUAGGCAAUAAGCCAGUUUACGUAUCGGCUGCUGGAAGUACAGAUCGGCAUGGGGAACAGCAAAGGAGGGCGAUUUAGGUCCGCAGUCUUGGCACUGUCUUUUUUAUUCCUCGUCUUUCUGGAGCAUGCCGCACAAGGAGCUCCUGCAAAGGGAAGAUUCAUGUGGGUGCGAUGCAGACCCGACAGCAAGAAUGCCAACUGCAUUGAGCAGAAAGGUCCAUGGAUUGACCUUCCCAAAUCUGGAGUUAAUCGAAUCCUGCCAUCCAGUGCUGAGCAAGUGAGGGUAGAUAACAUCAAUGAAGAAGACCUUUCUGGAGACUUCUCUGGUGAUUUCCAAGCAGAGGGAAAGCCAGAGCCUGAUUCUAAAGCUAAAGUUGAUGUGGCACAGUUAACAUUGAAAGAAGGGGAAGAAGAGGAAGGAAGUGCAUUGGACAGCACAAGCCCACCGGAUGAGGCCGAAGUUGAUUACUCCCUCUACAGCUACCCGGUCAGAGUCCCUGCAAAACAGCAAGACCUAAAGCUUCAGGAGGAGGGCUUCAUUCUGUGAAGUAACUGGUUUAAGAAAAAGUAACAUUGUCAGGGCAUUGCAUUCUUUAUUUUACUUACUGUUUUUCAAUCUGUAAACCUUUUAGCUGCAACAUUUAAUUUUGUUUUUCAACCCCCCCACCCCAUCCCCUCCCACCACUCCACUCCACUCCACUCCCAAGAAUCUUUUGCACAUAAGUCCUGCUUUUCUGAACAGCUUUAUGCGACAGGACUAUCUCUGUUUGUAUUCUAGAAAUGUUUUUACAAUACCACUUGGCUCCUGAAUUUUAUCUAAUAACUAUUUAAAUUUUUUUAUGGAAAAAUGCUGUCAGGGACACUGUCUGCCAGUGAAUUUUCUUCUUCUCUCCUCUGGAUUUUUGUUUUCUUUACAUGGCAAUGGCAACUAGUGCAGCACUGUGGUACGGCAAACCUGAGGAAAGUAGAGCCAUGGCUUUUUACGUUUAAUAGCUGCUUUAAUAGCUGCUUAGGCCUUAUGCUGAUGUCAAAUGACUCUGGCAGGUGAUAUGCCAUUACAUUUUUGGCAUCGUUUACCUCCUACCAAGCAUAAUAAAACUGGCAGAUUUAGGAAGAAACCCUUGUAGACAUUUUACUGGAGAUUGUUAAGUGGCCUUUCAGUAGGCUGCUGUGUAAUCUGUCCUAAAACCUCACCUGUUUAAUCUUGUUUGGAUCCACCACAGAUAUUGUUAUUGAAACCGUGCCUCUUGCCUUCUCUCCCCCUAUUUUUAUGAGUUCUAGCUAGUAAACCCGCAAUUAGCACGUGGUAUUCAUUAAUCGUGCCUUCAUGUGCUGUGGAACAGGUGGAAAAUGAGUUUCCUGGUGGGAAAUGUUAAGAGAAUGCCCUUCAAGUUGCCACUUGAAAUUAAAAGUUGUGACAUAACAUUGACCUGCCAUUCUUUUGAUAAUAAUGUGCAUGUUUAAAUUGGAACAUGAGCCUAAUGUCAACCACAGAAGUGCUUGUUAAGGGGACCAGAGCUUCAAGUGGGGAUCUCCUACUACUUGUGUUUUCUCUUUUUACCCCAUUGUCUUAAAAAGGUUUGUGUUUAUAGUUCAAGCUUUAGCCUUUUCAUUUGCUAGUUUAUUCAUGCCAGUGCCAGGCUAAACAAAAAUGUAAAACAUUUUGGUAAUUUUUUCAUGUUUGCUUCCUAUAGCUUUGACCCCGCCAAGCCUAAAAGCUGGUACUUCUCACUUCCGUGGUGCUCUAGGAGGUGCCAUUGUAUAGAACCCUAGACACAGAUACAUGCUUACUCUUUCUGAACAUUUGUCAGGGAGAUGAUCACAUGUGGUGGUGUGAAGUGCAAUGCAGAGGUACACUCAGCCAAAAAACAAGAGGCAUCUUUUUCGUUAUUCAUUUUGGUAUAUUAAAUUUAUGCAGAUGUGUGAUGCAGCAUAAAGUAUUUUUUCUUAUGCAUGUUAUGUUAAAAAUAUUACUAAAUGCUUUUUUAUAUGUAUUAUUUGUUUUCAUAUAACUUAUUUUAUAGUGUUCUAGGUGGAUAGAAGGGAAACGGUUUAUGUCAUUUUAAACUGCACAACCAACUUCAAUCUUCUAUGCAAGUUUUUAAUUACUUAACAUGUUCUCAAUUUGCCUUUGUAAAGAAAUAUUGAGUAAAAAUUGUAUAAAGAAAUAAAGGCCUUCAUUUUUAUUUC